GUGUUUAUCAUGGCUCCUGUGAGGUGUAGUGUGCCGGGUGAGAGACUGUGCAGCACUGAAGACUGUGCUCCUGGCUAUGGCACUUUCUGCAGACAUGGCUAUAUUUUUGCCUCCCUGGCAGGUUACAUAGUGAAGAAAAGUGACAAUGGCUUGAUGCCAAUCAUUUCUGUGGUGAGGGACACUGAUUCACAUCUUCUGCCAGAUGUGGGUUCUGUUGUCACUUGUAAGGUAACAAGCAUUAACUCCAGGUUUGCAAAGGUCCAAAUUAUGUAUAUUGGUUCAACUCCGCUGAGAAAUACAUUCCGAGGCACAAUCAGGAAAGAAGACAUUCGUGCUACAGAAAAAGACAAGGUUGAAGUCUACAAAAGCUUUCGGCCAGGAGAUAUCGUUAUGGCCAAAGUGAUAUCUUUGGGUGACAUCCAGUCAAAUUAUCUAUUAAGCACAGCAGAGAAUGAGCUGGGAGUUGUUGUUGCUCACAGUGAAGCAGGAGCGACUAUGGUGCCAAUCAGCUGGUGUGAGAUGCAGUGUCCAAAGACGCACAUUAAAGAACAGAGGAAAGUUGCACGGGUGCAGCCAGAGUUUCUGCAGACGUAGAAAUCGACAGCUGUUUAAGUUCUUUGGAGUUGCCUCUAACCACUCCAUUGCCAGUCAGUUCUGACUUAUUCUAAUUUGUAUUGUGGCAAACAAUUAUAUAAUCUUUUUAAAUGCUUUUUUUUUUUUUUAUUUUUUUUUUUUUAAAUCACAACCUUGUUGCUAUAUGGAGUAUUGCUCUGUAACAUAACCAAACCGUGGCUGUUACAUUUCUUCCAUACUUUAGUUUGUUAUAAAUAAGACAAGCCAAAAAACAUAGCUAGAUUCCCUUCAAAGAAUUUUAAACAGUAUUUGUUUCCUCCAAAAAAAAAAAAAAUCCCAUCAUGCCUCAGAUAUAUGUUCCGGUGGUUUUAUUUGGGUUUUGUACAUUUGCCUCUAUGGAAAUUAAAUUACAUCUGUCAUUUA